UAGGUGCAAUAUUGCCGAUCGCCGGUGCACGCGAAAUAAAAUAUCUGCUUGUGUACGACGUGAUCUAACCGGAUUUGUUAUACGCACUUACACGAAGGAAAGGCUCCACUUUCCCAUUUAAUUUAUCUAUCAACUCGUGGAGAUCCAGAGUAUUUGGACGAAAAUGGUCAGGAAAGUCUGUCACGUCAUAUUGAUUAUUUCAUUGUUGACCAGUGCUCAUCUGGGAAUGGCUGCCCCUAAUUGGGAGACUGAUCUUACCAGCAACAUCAAUACAGAAGUGAAUCGUAUGUUAAAAAAUUUGGAUGCGAAUUUGCGGAUUUUGGAUACGAAUAGAGAGAAUUUGAAUAAGCAAGUAGAUAAUUUGAGUCAGCGAAUAGAGAAUUCGGUGCAACAAACACUUGCGCACGUCGGCGAAACAUUCAAGAAUCUAUCAAGAGAUGGACAAGAAAUAACAAGUGGCAGCAACAUCAUAAUUAAUUCUAUAAAUGGUGUUAGUAUGAUAAAGAAAACCGAAUCUGGUUGUACAUUAAACGGAAAACCGUACACGAAUAUUACUAUAGAUAUAAAUGAUGGGAAAUAUCUUCAGCAUAAUGCGACUUUUUACAAUUCAACAUCUAAUGCUAUGGAGAGAAUUUGCUGGAAAUUAAAGCUCGAAAAUACUCCAGAUGCUCAACCUGAAUAUUCCCCUUGUAAAUAAAACAAUAUGUUUUUAUUUUUAUGUUCUAUAUUACGGUAUAUAAUUUGUUUUGCUUAACCGUUUGUUGUACAAAUUUUUCUAUUUUUCUAUUGUAUUUGGCUGAAUUUCAGUAUA